UUGAAUAUUUUAUUAAAGCAUAUACAUCAUGUGAUACCGGAUUUUAUAAACAUAUAAAUAAACAUUUAGCUCAAUAUCUAGAUUAUGAUACUAAUACCAAGGACGAAACGAACUAUCAAUUAAUUAAUUGUUUAAUUUAUAUUGUUACGUUAGUAAUAAAUAAUCCUGAUUAUGCCAAAUAUUGCUUCAAUAACGGUGUAUGUUAUCGUGGUUUGCCGAUGACCAGUGAUCAACUGAACAAAUAUAAAAUAGAUCUAGAAAUAUUAAAUCGUACAUUUUUGUCAACAUCAAAAGAUAGAACAGUGGCUGAUAGGUUUUCUGGUAAAGAUGAAGCAACAGAUAGUCAAUUGUCUGUAUUGUUUCAAUAUAAUAUAACUAAUUCAAUAGUAGCUUUAGAUGUUGAAAAAUUAUCAACAAAUAGUGACGAACAAGAAGUAUUAAUUACACCAUAUGCACUAUUUAAAAUUAACGAUAUUAAACAACAUUCAGAUUCAAACUCAGUUGAAAUAAUUUUAGAAGAAACAAAAGAACCAAAUCAGAAUAGCCGAAAACAAGAGUAUAGAGGUAAGAAAAUAACUUUUUGUACGAUAUAAACACAUUUACUUUUGAAAUCUCAAUGGCACAUACAGCGCUUUUUUCUUUCACAUGCUUUUUUCCAAAGCAUAAUUUUUUGUUUGAACUUUUUUUGGAGGUUGUGGUCGAUAGAUACGAAGUUGGAGUAACUCGAGUUAAUUUUUGGAAGAUUUUAAUCCAGGGUCACUUUGGGUAUUGUAGCUACCGUUUUUUGGCGGCUUUCACCUGCGUGACUUAUCCUCCAGCGUAUAACUUCUUGUUUUUUCCAAAUUUCGACUAUAUUCUGCUGUAAUUACUGUCAACAAUAUGUCACAAAAACCAAAGCUUUAAACAGAAAAAUGGAAAAUCUUGAUUAUUUACAAACAAAAACUGUUCUAAUUAUCUAAUCUACUGUUACUGAUUCUGGUAUGACUAACUACUGUUCCUUCACACUUGGUU